CUAUGGAAACUCGUCGAUGGCAACAUCCACCAGUCCUCUGUGUGCCCCCCAUCCUCCUCAUACCUCUGCGAGGUGGCGAGUGUGUGCAGCUGCAAACGACAAAUGAGACGCUGCAAGAUGGCGAUUGUGCGACUGAUAGCUUGUUGUGUUCUGUGCACUAGCCUCGGCCGCAUCCCAUCAUCGCUCGCCGUAAUCCUCCGAACCACGGACAAGAUUGUGUGGGCAAAUGAGUUUGAGCCCAUCGAACUGACCUGCUUAAUAGAGUCCAUUUCCACCAACAACCCGAGGAUUGAGUGGAAAAAGAUUCGAAACGGAGUCCCGAGCUAUGUGUACUUUCAAAACAAGAUAGCAGGCGACUUGGAGAACAGAGCACAGCUCAGAGAACCAGCCAACAUUCUGAUCUUCAACGCCACUCGGUCAGACACCGCCGAGUACCGCUGCGAGGUGGCCGCCAUUGAUGAUCAGAGGGACUUUGAUGAGAUUCUCAUUAGUCUCGCAGUGCGAGUGAAACCCGUCGUGCCCCGAUGCAGUGUGCCCGAGGCCGUCACGGUGGGAACGUCAACAGAGCUCCGAUGUCUUGAGAACGAGGGCUUCCCGGCACCCAUCUAUCGCUGGUUCCACAAUAACGACGAAUUACCGCAAGACCCCAAAAACACCCCCAAGUUCACCAACGCUACGUACGCCAUCAACCCAGACACUGGAAGCCUGAAAUUCCGAAGGGUGAGGAAAGAGGACGCAGGGGAGUACUACUGCCAAGCCAAAAACGAUGCAGGGCACGCCCAGUGUCCUUCCCAGUGGAUGGAAGUCUAUGACGUCGACAUCCUUGACAUUGUCCUCAAGUCUCUGGGCGCCGUGAUCGCAUUCAUCUUUGUGACCGCCUCCAUUUGGCAUUGCUUUUCACGUGCCUGCUCCUCCAAAAAAGGCCACAGCGAAAAUGAGUUUAGCUGGCCAGCACAGAAUGAUGGUGUGGACUACGCCGAUGCAGAUGAGGGACAUUUUCGCCACAAGUCGUCCUUCAUCAUCUGACAGCCGAGGAAGAGGAGGAGGUGAGAAGAAGCGACGUGGUGAACUUGCAACAAUGGCGCUGUGGGUGGUAGCGUUUGAGGUGUAACAUGGCACACUGUUCUCUGAUGCACAUCGAAAACAAACCGACCAACUUGCCAAAGUUUAAUGUUCAUAUAAUUUUGUGGCACCAUUUCACCGUUUUAUAGCAGAUUUUAUAUUUAUUCCAUACACGUAUGUUUAGUUCCGUUACAAAAACAUGAGUUCGGCGUGUCACGUGUAGAUUUUUAUUUUUUUAUUUCUUGCAUAUUUCUACGAUACAACAAAGUCAUUGACUUCGAAGCUGUGACGUUUAGCCAAUGAUGGUGUUGUUUUGCGAAGGACAAAUUCUCUUUUCUAACUUGUUCAUUUUUACAAUGUACAUUGACCUUGUUUUACAGAAGUCUCUUGUGUUUGUCCUUGCUCAUAUGGGAAACAUUGUUCAUAUUAUUUUCAGCAGUUUUUGUACAUACUGUAGUUAUACAGGCAAUAAAUAGCUGACUGAAACAAAGGAUGAUAUCAGAUACAUUAGGCACAAUUUAUCAGCCUUGAGCAUAGUAACAGUUGAUAACAUUUAUGUACAAGUUACCCCUGGAUUUGAAUACUAUAUAAUCCUACUAUGCUGCAAAUUCAAUAUUUACUAUUAAGGUGGCAAUGUAUGACUUUUAGAGUGCAGUUUCUGUGUAUAAGUGACCUUCUGUGUGUUACUAUUUGUUGUAGGUAUUGGACAUAUUGUCCACGUUUGCCUCUAUAAUGUACAUAAAUGCAUACUUUUUUGGGGGGACAGGACUUUUCAUUUCAGUCCAUAACACUUCUUGUAAAUACGGCAAUAAACUGUUUGAAAUCAUUUUACAGUACAGUGCUACUGUCCAGUGUUGUUCCAGUGUUGAGUCUGACCAGUACUGAACAUUGUUUCAAACAUGUGUGUUCAUAAUUUGUGUAAAAACUCAGGAACUGUUGUAAAAUGCUCACUGUUCAAGGUUGUUUUUUGUUAUUAUUAAAAGACAUUUG